GAAAUACGCAAUGGCAUCACGGCUACGUCAUAUGAAUCCGAAGAAAACUCUUUUCUUGUUGUGCGAUAUACAAGAAAAGUUUCGUCCUGGUAUGCCAUUAUUUUCCAAUGCCGUCAUAAAUGCUGCAAAAUUGACAAAAGCCGGCAAAGAAUUGAAUAUACCCUUAAUAUGUACCGAACACUACCCAGAACGUCUGGGCAAAAUUGUUUCCGAUAUUGAUGUAAAUCAUGCAAAAGCAAUUAUUCCCAAAACUCGUUUUAGUAUGAUUGUGCCGGAAUUGGAGGCCAAAGUAAAGGAAAUUUUUGGCGACAAGCCCGAGGAUGUUGUACUCUAUGGAUUGGAGUCACACAUUUGUGUUGAACAAACCGCCAUUGAUUUAUUGGAAAAGAAAAUCAAUGUCUUCCUUGUUGCCGAUUGCUUAAUUUCUCGCCUUAAUCAGGAUCGCGAUUUGGCCAUAGAUCGUUUACGCAAUGCUGGUUGCAUUGUAACAACAAGUGAAAGUGUCAUUUUCGAUUUGAUGCGUGAUAAAAAUCAUCCUAAAUUUGAUGUGGUUCGUAAAUUUGUUAAUACACCCUCAACUGAUAUGCAAUUGGCCAAGGGUUCAUAACUA